AUGUCUCAACACACAGGAAUGCCCUCCACUCAAUGGUUUGCAGACUUUGCCUCCAGCAACAGCAACGCAAUGAGCUCCAAUAACAACAGCAACAAUCCCAGCACCGGUAUGUACGAAUCCUCGACCGGUGAGAGCAACAGCCAGACCAAGGUAUAUGUCGAGCACAACUACCAAGAUCACUACCGUGCCCCCCUCUACCGCCCUCACGAAGACAGCACGAACAAGCGCCGUGGUCCCCGCGGCGGUGUCCUCGUUCCAUUCCCCGAGAAGCUCUACCAAAUGCUCAACCAAAUCUCAAAGGAUGGCUUGGAUGAUGUGGUCUCUUGGCAGCCCCAUGGUCGCUGCUUUGUCGUCCACCAGCCGGAACGAUUCGUCGAAGAAGUCAUGCCAAGAUACUUUAGUCAAACCAAGCUGACUUCCUUCCAGCGUCAGGUCAAUCUCUAUGGAUUCCGUCGAUUGACCGCAGGCAGCGACCGCAAUGGAUACUACCACGAGAUGUUCUUGCGAGGACGCCCUGAUCUCCUCAAGCGCAUGACCCGUGUCCGCGUCAAGGGAAUCGGUUGCAAGUUGGCACCCUCUCCCAACACUGAGCCCAACUUUUACAGGAUGCCAUACUGCCACCCCGAACGCAGUUCCUUUCAGGAGGAUAUGCUUACCGCACGAGUGGUUGCCAGCACCCAGAGCGCUUCCUCGUUCUCCGACCCCACCAGUUCCAUUGUGUCAAUCGGCAUGGCACAGCAGAGAAAGGGCAAACGGGCAUUCGCUGGAGCGCGUGGUCAAAGCCGCCCCCCAUUCGCCAACACCUUCCUGGAACAGCGGUGUAUGCAACAGCAAUCGCCUCUUCCCUGCAGUGCUCAAUCUUCGAGCCAAUUGCCCAUGCCCGACUUGAUGAGUUCGACCCUUCCAGUGUUUACCGAUGGAACUUGCAACUCCAACCCCGUGGAUUUGACACCUCUCCCCGCAAACACACAAGGCAGCUACCUGAUGGAGAUGCAAGAUGAUAUUAUUGCCCUCCUCUCCUCCAACACCGCUCUCCUGCAGCAAGAGCCCACCGACAUUCCCUCCUUUGCUGGAUCCAGUGACAACCAUAAUAUCUUGACGGACUUUGGCUCCAACUUUUGGGAACUCUAA